AUGCCGCCGCACCGCGCCCCGGCGCCCGGUGCGCAGCUGCUGCCCGCUGCGGCCCUGCUGCUGCUGCUGCUGCUCGGCGCGGGGCCCCGCGACCGCUGCCUGGCCAGCCCGGUGUCCGCCGCUCCGCUGCCCUCCCCGGGGCCGUGCGCCGAGCAGCCCUGCCGGAACGGGGGCGUAUGCACCCCGCGCCCCGCACCUGACCCUCAGUCCCCGGUUCCCGCCGGCGAGCCCAACUAUAGCUGCACCUGCCCCGAGGGGGUCUCCGGCGCCAAUUGCCAGCUCGUGGUGGAUCCUUGCACCAGCAACCCUUGUCACCAUGGCAACUGCAGCAGGAGCAGCAGCGGCAGCAGCGAUGGCUACCUCUGCAUUUGUGCUGAAGGCUAUGAAGGUCCCAACUGUGAACAGGCACUUCCCAGCCUCCCAACUUCUGGCUGGACCGAGUCCAUGGCCCCCCGACAGCUUCAGCCUGUCCCUGCUACCCAGGAGCCUGACGUCACCCUGUCCCACUCCCAGGCAAUGGUGACUCUGCCGACAUGGCAGCCGAAAACCGGGCAGAAAGUUGUAGAAAUGAAAUGGGAUCAGGUGGAGGUGAUCCCAGACAUUGCCUGUGGGAACGCCAGUUCUAACAGCUCUGCCGGCGGCCGGCUGGCGUCCUUUGAAGUGCCCCAGAACACCUCAGUCAAAAUCCGGCAAGAUGCCGCCGCAUCGCUGAUCCUGCUGUGGAAGGUCACGGCCACGGGAUUCCAGCAGUGCUCCCUCAUAGACGGCCGGAGCGUGACCCUGCUCCAGGCCCCCGGGGGCCUGGUCCUCGCCGAGGAGGUGCUGGCCGUGGGGCCCAAUCACUUCAUCGGUUUUGUGAACGACUCUGUUACUAAAUCCAUUGUGGCUUUGCGUUUGACUCUGAUGGUAAAGACCAGCACCUGUGUUCCAGGGGAGACCCGUGCAAAUGACUUGGAAUGUUCUGGCAAAGGAAAAUGCACCACAAAGCCAUCGGAGGCCGCCUUCUCCUGUACCUGUGACGAUGAGUACGUGGGCACUUUCUGCGAAGAGUUUGACGCCUGCCGGAGGAAGCCCUGCCACAACAACGCCAGCUGUGUUGACGCAAAGGAGAAGCAAGACGGGAGCAAUUUCACCUGCGUCUGCCUUGCCGGUUACACCGGAGAGCUUUGCCAGUCCAAGAUUGAUUAUUGCCUCCUAGACCCGUGCAGAAAUGGAGCGACAUGCAUUUCCAGUCUCAGCGGAUUCACCUGCCAGUGUCUAGAAGGAUACUUCGGCUCUGCCUGCGAAGAAAAGGUGGACCCCUGCGCCUCGUCACCCUGCCAGAACAACGGGACCUGCUACGCGGAAGGCGUGCGUUUCAGCUGCAGCUGCAGCGCGGCCUUCACGGGCCCCACCUGUGCCCAGCUGGUCGACUUCUGCGCGCUCAGCCCCUGCGCUCAUGGCACCUGCCGCAGCGUGGGCACCAGCUACAAGUGCCUCUGUGACCCAGGCUACCACGGCCUUUACUGUGAGGAGGAGUACGACGAGUGCCUGUCCGCCCCGUGCCUGAACGCGGCCACCUGCAGGGACCUGGUUAAUGGCUACGAGUGCCUCUGCCUGGCCGACUACAAAGGGAUACACUGUGAAUUGUACAAGGACCCCUGCGCUAACGUCAGCUGUCUGAACGGAGGCACCUGCGACAGCGAAGGCCUGAACGGCACGUGCGUCUGCCCACCGGGGUUUACAGGUGAAGAGUGCGACAUCGACAUAAAUGAAUGUGACAGUAACCCCUGCCAUCACGCGGGCACCUGCCUGGACCAGCCCAAUGGUUACACCUGCCACUGCCCACACGGCUGGGUGGGGGCAAACUGUGAGAUCCACCUGCAGUGGAAGUCCGGGCACAUGGCAGAGAGUCUCACCAACAUGCCCCGGCACUCCCUCUACAUCAUCAUCGGGGCGCUGUGCGUCGCCUUCAUCCUGAUGCUGAUCAUCCUGAUUGUGGGCAUUUGCCGCAUCAGCCGCAUCGAGUACCAGGGCUCUGCCCGGCCAGCCUACGAGGAGUUCUACAACUGCCGCAGCAUCGACAGCGAGUUCAGCAACGCCAUCGCCUCCAUCCGGCAUGCCAGGUUUGGAAAGAAAUCCCGGCCUGCGAUGUAUGACGUGACGCCCAUCGCCUAUGAGGACUACAGCCCUGAUGACAAACCCUUGGUCACACUGAUUAAAACAAAAGAUUUGUAAUCAUUUUUUUGGAUUAUUUUUCAAAAAGAUGGGAUACUACACUCAUUUAAAUAUUUUUAAGAAAAUAAAAAGCUUAAGAAAUUUAAAAUGUUAUAGCUGCUCAAGAGUUUUCAGUAGAAUAUUUAAGAACUAAUUUUUCUGCAGCUUUUAGUUUGGAAAAAAAUAUUUUAAAAACAAAAUUUGAGACGUCCAUAGACUACGUUUUAAUGUACUUUCAGCUCUAAACCAUAUGCUUUGACUAGUGUGUGGUCUUUCCAUGGUACACACUGUCAUGACACCCAGAUUAAUUUCUGUGGUUGUUCCAGAAUAAGUCUAAUCAAGGAGAAGUUUCUAGUUGACGUGCGAGUGCCGGCUUUCUGAGUAGAGUUAGGAAACACGUAGAGUAUGACGCAUAGUACAGUAUACCCGUUACUUAAAAAGAAGUCUGAAAUGUUUGUUUUGUGAAAAAGAAACUAGUUACCUUUACUAUUCCUAACCCGAAUGAAAUUAGCCUUUGCCUUAUUCUGUGCAUGGGUAAGUAACUUAUUUCUGCACUGUUUUGUUGAACCUUGCGGAAACAUUCUUUUGAGUUUGUGUUUGUCAUUUUCGUAACAGUCGUCAAGCUAGGCCUUGACAACGUACAUAAUGGGAGGGCCUAGUAGGGCAAAUUAUGAUGGAAUUGGAUCUAUAUUUUGUUUAAAAAGUCAAGGUUUUUUUUUUUAUUGUGAGUAAACUAAAUUUAUGUUGGAGUUGUUCGUUGCUAAGAGGUAGUAAAUGUAAGGGGGUACUGGUCCCGUCUGUAGUAUUCCUCAUAGUGCAUCUUUAUUUAUAUCCAGGACAUUUCUGUGGCUGUAUUUGAUUGAUAUGUGCUUCUUCUGGUUCUUGCUAAUUUCAAAGAAUAUUGAAUAAAUGUU